AUGGACAUGGAGACUGCCCCAUAUUCUUUCUUUCCCACGUUGUACCCCGCCAAGUCAACAGCGAUGUCUACCAAAUACUUACCCAAAGCUCUGCCCGCCAAGUUGGACAAAAGCCGUCUCCUCAAAGAGAUCGCCUGUCGUCCGGCGAUUUGGGACACCCGCGUCAACUUUUGCGAUCGCCGUCUACAAAUGCUCCGGGAUUGGCCGGCGGUGGCCAAGGCCGUGAGCUUCAGCGUCGAUGAGUGCAAGCGCCUCUGGAAGGGACUCCGGGGAAACUAUCGCUUCGAGAUGCGUCGCAACCAUUUAGAUUGCCGCUGGCGUUACUUCAAACAGAUGGAGUUCAUGCGCGGCGUCUUCUCAGUGCCCAAGGAAAAUUAUGUUCCGCCAGUUAAGAAACCCAGACGCCAGCAGGUGAUCUAUAUCACGUUGGAUGAGGGUGGUCUCCACUUUGAGCAGCCGGAGACUCUCUUCCAGGUGGUGGACAAACUGGAAGCCGGCCUAGACAUCGAUGAGGAGCUCACCAAGCUUUUGGGCUCCGAGAACUGGCUGUGGGACCCCAACUUGGACCUGAACUUCACUCUGGCUGAGGAUCCAAUUCCCAGUCAACCUCUGGACUUACGAAAGCGUGCGGAAUCCAACGAUCCCGACUACACUUACCUGAUGGGCCUGGUGUCCACGGUUCAAUCACUAAGCGAUCGCUCAAGGCGGCGUUUCCGCAUCCUGGCCAAGAAUCUACUGAAUCGAGUGCUGGACAAUGAUCAGCAGGCACAGUACACUCAUAAGGCUUAG